UCAGGGAAAAGAAGAAAACUACCGCUAUAAUCUUGACACUUAGAAACCCGUCCUCGGCCGCAGAUAAGAUACCUGUAAUCAAAUUUCAAGAGAAAAAGAAGGGAAAAAGCACUGGUUUUUUUUUAUCUGAAAUACAGUUGAAACGCGAGAGAGAAGGGGGGAGAGAGAGAGAGAGUGGUUUUCCUGCUGUAACCUCCUAUCUCUCUUUUCUCUUUCCCUCGUCUUUUGUUUCAAAUUCUUUGAGAUCGUGACAGAGAUUUCGUUGCCAUUGCCUGUUUUCGAGCACCGAUUGGUUCCUCUUCUUUGCCUGUUCUCCCGCUGUCCGCUAUUCGUUUUCUUCUGUUGAUUCCUCAUUCUUUUCUGUAUUCGAUCCUCUCACAUUCAUUGCGUGAAGGGUUUCGGAGAUGCAUUUACGUUGAGGAAUUUUGGAAACAUCUCCAAUCAUGAUGGAUAGACUGUCGGGAUUUUAAGUCCUGUGGCAUUUGAAGAAGCAUUUCGGUUGAACAUACGGGAUCUGAAGCUCGAAGAAGAUUUUCGAGUUUUAACUUUUAAGAGGGCGAAAUUUGAAGAAUAUCCUUAGAGCGGACACGGCGAGACGGCUGAAAAGACGAAUUCCAUACAAUGCAGAAAGAGUUGCGCGUACUGAGAACAUUCUGUUCCUUGAAAAAAAUUGAGAACUCAAUCUGAACUUCUGAACUCGCAACUUCUCAAACUGGUGAAGAUUUCAAGAGCCUGAGAAAAAAAUACAAGAAAAAAGGCUGAGAAAAAGAUUGAAAGACAGUCUGGAAUGCGGGGACCAUUUGAGAUAAUUCCAAACAUUACGGGGCAUUAAAACACUUGAAACACCGUUACUUCGUCGCAAGGCAUAAAUAGAUUACGAUUUCGGAAAGCCAUCUGGUUUGAGUUCUCUGACAUUCAAACCUUCGUUGCUGAAUAAGAAAAACAAAACAAAAUAGAAUUUAGUUCUCUGACAUUCAAACCGUUCGCUCCCGAAGUGAUCAACAAAGCUUAAUUGAUAUCAAGUCAUGAUUAGGUAGUUGUUGCAGACAUUGCAGUUGCAAGGGCCAAGGGGGCCCAAUGUUGUGUACGGGAAAUGAUCUCGCUGUUAUCAUUUGAACCAUCUCACAUUUCAGUGGAGCAGAGGAAAAGCUGAAUCGCGGACGGAGGGGUGACACAUGGGGGCUAUUGGUAGGGAGGAACUGAUGGGGUGGGAGAAGACGCAGGAGAAAGGUGCCCAGGAGGAGAAGAUUUUUGUUUCUGUGAGGCUAAGGCCACUGAAUGCAAAGGAGAUUGCAAGACAUGAUAUGUCCGAUUGGGAAUGCAUCAACGAUAAUACCAUUAUUUGUAGGAACAAUCUUGCCGAGCGAUCCAUGUAUCCGGCUGCCUAUACAUUUGACAGAGUAUUUCGGUGCGACUGCUCCACUAAGGAGGUUUAUGAGUUAGGAGCCAAGGAAGUUGCUCUUUCUGUUGUCAGUGGUAUUAAUUCAAGCAUCUUUGCAUAUGGGCAAACCAGCAGUGGAAAGACAUACACCAUGAGUGGAAUUACAGAAUACACAGUAGCGGAUAUAUAUGACUAUAUACAUAGGCACGGAGAAAGAGAAUUUGUUUUGAAGUUCUCUGCAAUGGAGAUCUACAAUGAAGCUGUCAGAGAUCUCCUCGGUUUUGACAGUACUCCGCUUAGGCUUCUAGAUGAUCCAGAGAGAGGUACUGUCGUGGAGAGAUUGACAGAGGAAACUCUGAGAGACUGGAGCCAUCUACAGGAGCUCCUUUGCAUUUGUGAAGCUCAAAGACAGAUAGGGGAGACCUCCCUCAAUGAAACAAGCUCCAGAUCUCAUCAAAUUCUCAGACUGACAAUAGAAAGUUCUGCACGUGAGUUUCUGGGCAAGGACAACUCGAGUACCCUUGCAGCCAGUGUGGACUUUGUUGAUCUGGCUGGAAGUGAACGUGCUUCUCAGGCACUAUCAGCUGGGGCAAGGUUGAAAGAAGGUUGCCACAUAAAUCGCAGUUUACUCACCCUGGGAACUGUUAUUCGCAAACUAAGCAAAGGAAGAACUGGGCAUAUUCCCUUCAGAGAUUCUAAGCUAACACGCAUACUGCAACCUUCCUUGGGAGGAAAUGCUAGAACUGCCAUCAUUUGCACAAUGAGCCCUGCACGAAGCCAUGUUGAGCAAUCCAGGAAUACUCUUUUAUUUGCAAGCUGUGCAAAUAAAGUGGCCACCAAUGCACAGGUCAAUGUAGUCAUGUCUGAUAAGGCAUUGGUAAAGCAUUUGCAAAAAGAACUGGCCAGGCUGGAGAGUGAAUUGAGGAGUACAGGACCAACUUCCACACCUGAUAAUUAUGCAGCAUUGUUGAGAGAGAAAGAUCUUCAAAUCGAAAAGAUGGAGAAAGAGAUAAACGAACUAACCCAGCAACGUGACCUUGCUCAAUCUCAGCUUGAGCGUUUUCUACAAGUGGUUGGAGAUAGCCAAACUCCAAGACGAUGGGAUUCAUUCAAUAACCAUCCUAAAUUCCAAGCAUGCAAUGCAUGGGAAGAUGAAUCAGACUUAUCAGGCUUAGUUUAUCCUCAAAGUUCUGAUGUAGGUGGCACAGGAUUCAACAUAUCUCAGUAUUCUGACAGAAACAGUGGAAUUAGUUCCAAUAAUCACUUCUUACAACUUCCCAAAAACUCAGAAGACCAUCUCCUAAAUGGUGAUACCUCUUCCCAAUUGUCAAUUAGUAGUCAUCAGUUUGAUGGGCUUGGACCUGGUUCUUGUCAGAAUUGGGAAGAAGUUGCUCAAGUAACAGAUGAAGAUAAUGAAGACCUUUGUAAGGAAGUACGAUGCAUUGAAAUGGAAGAAUCAAGCACAGACAGAAAUGUGGAAUCUAAUGCCUUGUCACCUGAAGAAAAUGAUAAACUCUUAGCUUUGACAGAGAAUAGGAACAGAGGUACAACAGAGGAGUUAAUAUCAACCCCACUUGAGACAGAUAAAGAUUUAAAGCAUACAAGUACUAUUUCCUCAUAUGAUGCACUGGAGCAGAAACUCCAGGACAUGCAAAAAACCAUUGCCUGUCUUGUCAAUCCCUAUCCUGAUGAACCAUCUCCAUGGCCACCUGAAGCUGAGCUAUCAAGUUCUAGAGGCAUGAAGUUGACAAGGAGCCAAAGUUGUAGAGCAACUCUCAUGACUAGCUCAUCUUCCUGGUUUGGGAAACAAGAACAAAAUCAGAACACACCACAGAGUGGGUUUGAGAAAGUUUUCCCUGGAAGACUUGAUGGCUUCCAAAAGAAUCUUUCUGCAUUAAACUAUGGUUCCAAUACUGAAAGUUUGUCAGGAAAAGAUUCUCAGAACUCUGAAGGGAGUGCUUCCACAAAUGAGCUAAAAGCAGACAAUGUCAAGACCUCAGUUGAAGAUGUUACUAGCAUCCAAAGUUUUGUUGAAGAGCUUAAGGAAAUGGCUAAACUUCAGUAUGAUAACCAGGCUAUUGAUGGUCAGGAGACAGAACCAAAGGCUGAUAAAUCUGGAAAGACUGUAAAGGAUGUGGGAUUGGAUCCAGUGGAGAAUUCAUCGGAAUCUCCAAGUUGGCCCUUGGAAUUCGAAAGGCAGCGGAAAGAAAUUAUUGAACUAUGGAACACCUGCAAUGUAUCAUUGGUCCACAGAACCUACUUCUUCCUGCUCUUUAUAGGAGAUCCAGCAGAUUCCAUAUAUAUGAAGGUAGAACUGAGGAGACUGUCCUUUCUCAGAGACAUAUUCUCUAGUGGAAAUCUCGCCAAACAUUCUAUGGUAGAUGGCUGCAUUCUCAGUCCAGCUUCAAGCGCGAGGGCCCUCCGUCGCGAGAGGGAGAUGCUCAGCAAGCAAAUGCAGAAGAGAUUCUCCGUAGCCGAGAGAGAGCAACUCUAUCAGAAGUGGGGUAUCGGAUUGAACACGAAGCAGAGAAGGCUACAGCUGGCUCGCCGCAUAUGGACAGACGCAAAAGACAUGGACCACAUAACGGAGAGCGCCAGAAUUGUCGCAAAGCUGGUCGGAUUCUUGGAGCAAGGGCAAGCCCUAAAGGAGAUGUUUGGCCUCUGCUUUACCCCCGAACUGUCAACACGGAGCUCCUUCAGCUGGAAAAAGUGAAAAACAAACACGUCUCUCGCUCUCCUCUGAGGUUAUAUGAUUAUAUCACAGGCACUGUGCUACACGUACAUGGAAAUCUGGUGGUAAUCGUGGUUUCAUAUCGGCUAAAUUCCAGUAGAAUGGAAUUUUGACUGAUUCGCUGUCACUGUGACCGAGAUGUAGAAAUUAGUAAAAGGCUUGUAAAUUUGCUCAGUGUAGUUAUAUUUCGUUUGAAUGUUCAUCCCCAUCUUGUAUGUAAUGGUCACAUGCGUGUUGUAUUUCUUUCUUAA